AGGGAGGCAGACACAGGAGAUCCUCAGCUAACUGAAGGGAGAGAAAGAAAAAGAAAGAACAUCAGCCAGAGGAGUGUGUUGAGGAGAAAACACAGCCUCAGAGUGCUUGUUCCAGUGUGUGUCUUUUGACUCCCAGGAGAAAGGAUUCACAAUGACUGGCAGCAUUUGGGAAAUCUAGGGGAUUUUUAAAUUUUUCUUUACAGACUCUACUUGGGAAUACUGCUCGGAAUACUCUGGAUAUGUGACCCUGCUGGAGAGCUGUCUCACUCUUAAACCUGCUUGUCACUUUUUAGAAGUCAUUCACCCACUUUUUUAGUUGGAGGGGAGCCAAGCCACGAUGCCUACCGACGAUUACAGCUACCUGCCUGAUGUGCUGCCUCCUCUUCCUGAAGUCCCGGACUCUGGCUCGGUCCUGAGCUCCGUUGACAUCUCAGCCCGCUGCCUCCGCAACCCGGCCUUCCGCCACGCUUCCUCGCGCUACUGCUCCGCCCUCAGCAUGGACUCAUCACCGGACAGUGCCGAGAGGCCCAUCAGCUACAGCUCCACCUCCUCCUCGGCCUCCUCCCGGGACAGUCACUGCUCGCUGGGGAGCCGCUCCACUCUGGUCGCCGCCCCUCACUGUAACCCCGUCACCUCCAACAGGGACUCUGGGGCGAUCCGGUUGGAGCUGGUCCCCGCCAGGCAGCUGGGGUGUGGAGAGGAAGACGACAGGAAUGAUGGAGGGAUGGACACGGGGAGUGGGAAAGGGAGACAGACUGCGACUGAGCAUUCAGAACCAGAGCUGAGCCCAGAGGGGGGAGAUCGGACCAGUCAGGUGCAGGGACCCAUAACGUAUGUGGACCGAGUGGUGCAGGAAAUACUGGACACAGAGAGAACCUACGUUCAGGACCUGCGCAGCAUUGUAGAGGACUACUUGGAGUGUAUCAGCAACAACUCUCGACUGGCCUUGAGCUCUGAGGAUAAAGGUUCACUGUUCGGCAACAUCCAGGACAUCUACCACUUUAACAGGGACCUUCUUCAUCAUCUUGAGAAGUGCAACGCAGACCCUGUCGCCAUUGCCGAGUGCUUUGUAUCCAAGAGUGAAGAGUUCCACAUUUACACCCAGUACUGCACCAACUACCCACGGUCGGUGGCUGUCCUCACGGAGUGCAUGAGGAACAAGGCGUUGGCCAAGUUUUUCCGCGAGCGCCAAGAAUCUCUGCGGCACUCCCUGCCCCUGGGCUCCUACCUGCUCAAGCCAGUGCAGAGGAUCCUCAAGUACCACCUGCUGCUGCACGAGAUAGCCAACCACAUGGAGAAGGACACCGAGACGUAUGAGGUUGUGCAGGAAGCCAUAGAAACCAUGCAGAGAGUGGCCUGGCACAUCAACGAUAUGAAGAGGAAACACGAGCACGCCGUGAGGCUGCAGGAAAUCCAGAGCCUGCUGACCAACUGGAAGGGUCCCGAUCUGAUUGGCUACGGAGAGUUGGUUCUUGAAGGAACGUUUCGUCUGCAGCGAGCCAAAAAUGAAAGAACUCUCUUCCUUUUUGACAAGCUUCUGCUGAUAACCAAGAAACGAGAAGAAACCUACACAUACAAGGCUCACAUCCUGUGCUGUAAUCUGAUGCUGGUGGAAGUUAUUCCUAAAGAACCGCUGAGUUUCAGUGUGUUUCACUACAAGAACCCCAAACUGCAGCACACAGUCCAGGCCAAAUCACAGCAAGACAAGCGCAUGUGGAUCUUACACCUGAAGAGACUCAUACUUGAAAACCAUCCUGCCAAAAUCCCUGCCAAGGCCAAGCAAGCUAUUUUGGAGAUGGAUGCAAUGCAUCAUCCUGGCUUUCAUUACAGCCCUGAUGGUGACAAGAAGGAUUCCCCUCAAACCAAGGAAGGCCCCACUCCUCGUAGAGGACGCAGGAAAGAACCCCUUUCCAAAUUACUGAAGAAUGCUAAGCAGAAUGCUGCCAACACUGAUGGUGAAAAACGAACCAGUCUAGGUGCCACUCUGCUGUCUCCAGUGUCCCAGCUGGCUCUGGGCACUAUAGGCCGCAGCCGUAGCCUCAUCAACCAAUCACAGGAGUCCUUGGAUCCUGGUGAUCACUAUGACCACAGCGACAGAGAGGAAGGAGAGGAGCCACAUCAGCAGGAUGCUGAUGAUGAGGAUGACAGUGGACUGGGAGGCGGAAAGAGGCUGCGAGUUCCUGGCAAAAGCAGUAGGAAGAGGCUGAACCCUCAGGCAUCUGUUGAUAGUAUAGAACAAUGGAAAACCUUCAACAUGAGCGCCUCCGACCUGCAGAGAGCCAGAGAAUCCUUAGUGAGGGAUGGAAGUCACCACCCUCCACUGCUCAGGACACCUCGCGUCACAGAGGAGCCUCCAGACACCCCCAUCCCCUCCGUCAUAGUCACAGAAAGCGACAACUCAGUGAGGAACAUAUGGGCCGACCAUCGGGCUCGUAGGGCCAUGUUCCCGACCCGCCAGAGGACCAUGCAGCCCGAGGAUGAGGACGAGGACAUCUACCAGAUGUUUGUUCCCACAGAGCCAAGCGGACCAGAACCAGAGACGCCCUCAGAGAGAUCAGAGGCUCCCUCAUCGCCCAGAGCAGCUCGGCCCUGCAGCUGGCAUGUCGAACAGGUGCCUACAGUGCAGAUUGACCCUCCACCCAGUAAUGGCAGAGUCCUGCGGAGGGCGAGUAGCGCUGGGGAGAAGGCUACGGAGGCUCGAGAGAGUCCUGAAGAUGACCAGACUGAUCACAGCAACCUGGAAGUGAUUCACACUGAAUCAUCCAGCAAUGACAUAUCUGGCUCAUCCUCAGCCGAGCAGCUGACGAUAGACGAUAUUGAAAAUGUGUAUGACAAUAUCAGCUAUGAAGACUUGAAGAACAUGGGCCUCAUCAGAAGGGACCCUGAAGAAAACCAGUCACGGAAGGAGACAUCUGCAGAUGCACAGAGUUCCCAAAGCCAAACAGAAAAGCUACCAAGGGUUCCAGGGGUCACAGAGUCCAUGAUUGAACCAGACAAUUCUUCGGACAGCAACCGGUCCUCCACACAGGAGGGCAAGCCAUUUGAAACAUGUGAACUCAAGAUAGUGGAGGAGAAUAUCUACGACACCAUCUGCUUUAGGGAGCCGCCAUCCACAGAGCUCAAAGGAAUCAAUGAAGGCAAUAAACUAAAACAAGAGAGGGACAGCCUGCUAGCCUCAGAACAGGACCUGACUGAAAGUCUUGGAGGGUUUGUUUCUGAGGAGAGCCUCCACUUUGGAGAGGACGAUGGACCAGAGGCCUCCUGUAUUGUUCCAUGUUCUUCUGAGCCAGAUUAUUCCUCAUCUUCUGCUUCUGAGACUUUCCCGCAGCGCUCACAGAAAGGAGACAAGAUGUCUGAGCACGUCGAUGAGAUCUGGAACGACUUAGAAAACUACAUCAAGAACAACGAGAAGAAAGCCGAUCGACUUCCUGCUGCGUUUCCCGUUAGUGCCAACGAGUCACCAAAGAAGGCCUCAUCUGUCAAAAACAGUCCCACAAAGAGUUCUCCUGCAAUUAGUCCUGCAGCAACCAGCCCUCUAGCCAAGAGUUCCCCAGCACAUCACCCUAAACCCCCACCUGUUACCUCCACACCAUCAUUCACCAUCCCAGUCAUCAACCUCCCAGACCUUCAGAUUGAAGGUACCACCGAAGAAGCAAUCCACAGCCCUGCUCCCACAUCUCGCCCCCUUCCUGCCACCCCAGAACCCGUCCCAGGCACCGUGAAGAGUAUUCGAAACAGACUGGCUCGACUCAGCAGCGGCAGCUUCCGCCUGGAGGACGACGAUCUGGUGGAGCUUCCACCGAGAAGCGCCUCUCCGAAAGAGAGCGCCCUCAAGGACCUUCAUAGUUUGUUUCCAGGGGAGCUGGCAGGUCUGGACUCUCCCCUGGCUUCCUCCUCUCUGCUCUUGGGCGAAUCUGUGGACUUUCCCCUGGAACUGAUGGACAAAACCAAGAGCCGUGUGUUCCUGAUGGCACGCCAGUACAGCCAGAAGAUCAAGAAAGCCAACCAGCUGCUGAGGAUGAGGAGUAUGGACCCUGGAGACUCUUGUAGUCGGGCCAGAGCAGAGAAGAAGCAGAAAGACCUUGCUGCCAUAUUAGAGGAGAAGAAACAAGGGGGUGCAGCCAUAGGUGCGAGGAUAGCAGAGUACUCCCACCUCUAUGACCAGGUGAUGUUUAAGGACUGUCCCGGUCAGACCUCUGCUAGUCCACAUCACAGCCAUCCAGGGCUGUCGUCAUCUCCGUCCAUGCCUGAGACCUCCCUGGACGAGGACUGGCUCCACUCCACCUACAGCAACGGAGAGCUGGCCAGCUUUGUCUCCUCCAGUGAGGUCGGGAAUGCUCGAGCGUCUUCCAGCCCUCAGUGCAGACUCACCUCAUCCUGCUCCAUCCCCUCCCUCAAGACCUUCCCUUCCUCUCCCACCACCCCGCCGUCGCAGAGGUGGAGCUCGUGCAUGUCGGCGCCGAGCGAGAAGGAGGAGCACGUGUACAGCUCCAUAAAGAGACAUCCCUCCUUUAACGCACCGUCUGCAAAGUCCUCCCCAUCCGGUCACUGUCAGUCGGUGGGCUCUCUGGACGGCCAGCAGCAGGAGAAGAAUCACCAACCUGGACUCAAAUGUAACGGAGCCACCGUGGAUCGAUCCAUGGACAGACUUCACGGCCCCAGUUUGGGUCGGGCCGGUCGGCAGAGCAGUCUCCCGGAGCGGUUCAGCCAGGGACAUUCGGAGCUCACUUUACAUGAUGGCCAACACGUGGUCGUCCUGAACCGGGAAUCUGCACUGAGCAUACUCACAGCCACCCAGAACUACCUGGCCAACUUCAAGGACAAUGGGGAAGAUGACGACGACUACGUAGAGAUCCGCUCGGAGGAUGAGAGCGAGCAGGAGCGGGACAGGUUGGUGCAGAGGAACGGCAGCUCCCUUUCCAGUCAGAACCGGGUUCUGGUCCAGUCUCAGAGUCUGCCAUCCACACCGGUCCGAUCAUGCGACCCGUUGAGGUCUCUGGACCGGGAGCAUCUGGAGAAGUACCUGUGGAGCGAACCGCAGCAGAACCAACCCAACAUCGUUCAGUCUCUGAGGGAGAAGUUUCAGUGUCUGAGCUCCAGUAGCUUCGCUUGAGGUUACCUGCCGACAAAAAGCCAAAUAUAUAUCACAUACAGCGUAUAGUAACUAAGGGGACACUGCUGCUUUGCCUGGAUGCUCUACAUCUGCUCCUACAUCACAAACCACAAAUAAAUAUCACACAAUUAACCAUCAACAUAGAGCAGAAGCAGUUUCUUUGAUUUGUAUUGACAUGUGAAUACUCUGUUACAGGGCUUCAAAGGAAAACACAAAAGGUUCCUAAUAAUGGUCAAAAAGCCACAUCAAAGCCUGCAUUAGCACUUCCCUGAGAUCUGGCAUGAAAAGUUGGCCAGAUGCUCUCAAAACAGAGUUCUCACUUGUUCGUUAAGGCACUCAGUGAAUGAAAUGGAACAUUCAGAGGAACUUUGUGUGAGCCUUGUGGAGAUAAUUGGAGUCUGCAGGAGGACAGUAGUUCAGGAUAUCUGUUACUGAAAUAAUAAAAUGUCUUUUAGCUGUUCAUCUCAGACAGAAGCAUCAUACGAGAAAGUUUCUCAGAUUUUCUGUCCACUUGUCAGGAGAGCCUUUUCAAUCAUGAUCCUUUUCUUUUAAUUUCGUUCUUAAGGUUAUUUUAACUGCAUUUCAGCUCUUGUUAAUCUUAACCCGGACCACAGUUGCAGCUAGUGUUUUUUAAAUCGUGCUUCUUAUACUAUCAAACAGUUGGGACAACAAGCAGCUUUACAAAUUAACAGUUCAGAUGUGCUACACGGGCUAGUUUUAGCAGCUUUUUAAGCAAUAAUGGUAACAAACAGGAUGCAACUACAAGAUCCAAUAGGUUAAGUAAAACUAGACCUCUAAGUCUAUUUGAAGUUAUUGUAUGUCACUCUGCCGAUUUGUCACAAGAAGUGUCCUGCUUUAAAAAUGUCAAGAGAAGAUGCUGAUAUUUUAGAUAAUCUAUAAGAAAGCAUAGGAUUUCAUAUUUAUUUCCAAUCUGUGAGCAAAUCAGAUGUGUUUUUAUGUAUAAUAGUCUGGGGGCAUCCUUCACAUACAGAAAAAUAUUCAUCUCAACAGGUAGAUGAUGUGUUUUUUUUUUGUUUUGUUUUCAGAUCACGCUAAUUUUAAUUUUCAAGUGGGACCACAAAAGAGAGCAUUCAGGAGAGUUAGUUAAAAGAUUACAGUACAGUACUGUAUUUGGUGUAUUUUUUUUUUACUCAAAUAGUGAGCUGUUUGUUUACAUUAUGAGACACUACUGAUAUCACAUCCUCACUCAGACAGAAAGCCACAUUCAGAUAGUUGUAAGUCACUCCAUUAAGGUUCCUGCAACACACUUGUUUUGUCUUCCCUCAAAGCAACGCAUACGAUUAUCCACACACUUGUUCACUUUUUUAUUUUAAGAAAUCACUAAAUGUGACCUAUUUAUUUGAAUGCAUCCCUAUGUUACUGCCCCUCGUCACUAUUACCGCAAGCCACAGACCGGUUGUAAAUGAAAGUGAAAGAUAUUUAUUAAAAGAUGUUUUUAUUUUAAUUUAGGGACUCUCAAAAUUUAAAUCAAAUACUGUGAAUAUUUUUCAGAAAAUGGUCAUUUUUCUGUCACGCACUGCUACUUAAAUAACACAUCACCGAAACACAAAAGUUGAGAAGCACAAAACAUGGCCUACUGUUCAUAUCAGGAAAUGUGCAUCAACCACAAGUUAGGAAUAUGAAGUAUGUUUUUCUCUGUUUGUGUUUUUAAUUGUAAUUUUUUUUGUCCUCUGUUUUCACUGGUGGGGAUUGUCAGUCUUUAUUGACUCUUUUUUUGCACUUUUCUGUCUUUUUUUUUUUUUACAUUUUAUUUGUAAACACUUUGUAAAGAUGUACAUUUUAGGAAAGUUCUUCUUGUAUGCUAUAGGUAUGCUUCAUAAUGCUUUGAUGUUUAAGUUAAGUGUACUGUAUUUUUUUAACUGCCUAGUUGUCAUUGCUCAACAAAACAAUGUAUUGGAGGUAAUAAAAUCAGAUUAAACUCUC